GAUCUACUGGACCUCGGCCGUGUGCUGCUGCAUGGCGCCAGGACCGCCGGCGUGCAGCGGCUGGACCUAAAGACGGGAAAUGAUCCCUCAGCACCUGCACAGUACCGAGACGCCAACUGUUGAUCCUGACAUACUAGGCGGUUGACAAGGGCUCUUGGCGGGUGUUAUAUGAAACCCUGCUGAUUAGCUGCAGUCAUUUGCUGCGUGUCGUUCGGAGCUCGAUGUGUUGAGAGAGAUCAAGGGCUAAUAACGGAGUUGAUGUCAGUGCAUCGCUUGAACCGACUAGUCUUGAGGAGAAUCUCAAUAUUGGUAGCUUUCGUUGCAGUGCACUCUUCGGCCGCUUCUGUCGGGGCAGGAACCCAGGGUACAUACAGGCAGGUCAUAUGUUAUCAAAUAUUUUGUGGUUUUGAUAUGGGCAUUUAUGAUCCUGGCAACUGGAUGACGGACGCUUGGCGUGAGUUGACCAACCAGCUUCCGUGGCAAAUGAGGCUCUUUGUUCCCGUCACCUGGCGGCAACUAUAUUCCAUCCCUGACUCGCUCGAUGCGCCUGCCGUCCCAUGUCCCGUCGACUUCGAAGGUAUCGAAGGAUUGAGUCGCAGCACUCCGGCGAGGAGCGGUCGGCGAGACUAGAAUGGCAUCAUUCAGAACACUGCCUCCGCGAAACAACGCCCUCUCAGGAUUUUUUGGUCUGCAACCCAUUGCCUCACUGAG